AUGUGGUUCAUCUCCCUUCUCGCUCUUGCCACUUAUGCCUCGGCAGCUCCGGCGGGUACUGCCAGUACUGCGAUUGUCUCUUCUACAUCUACCUCAGUAUCAACUAUUCCUAGUUCGACUCCAGCUACGGCAGCUGUUCCAAGCCCCACCGUCGCAUAUGCCUCCGAUGAUCUAAACGACUCGUCAUGGAACCAGUACCAGAGCGGUACUCCAGAGCCCAUCAUUGGGUCGACGGGUGCAAACAUCUUGGGUCCACAGAACGUCCCUCUGGAACGCGAGAGUCCGGACUUUAUGGCACCUCCCACUACUGAUUCUGGUUCAGUCGAAAACGUAAAAUGGUCAUUUAGCUUGUCUCACAACAGAGUGCAGGACGGAGGUUGGGCGAGACAGCAAAAUGAAAACGACAUGCCGAUUGCGACGACGAUGGCAGGUGUAAACAUGCGUCUCAAUGCCGGUGGUAUUCGAGAGAUGCACUGGCAUUUGACAGCUGAGUGGGGAUACACAAUGGCCGGAAGUUGUCGCGUGAAUGCAGUUGAUCAACUUGGCCGAAACUACCUUGCCGAUGUGUAUCCUGGUGACUUGUGGUAUUUCCCUAGAGGAAUUCCACACUCCAUCCAAGGUCUCAACGACACGGCCGAUGGCUGUGAAUUCCUACUUGUCCUCGACGACGGGUCCUUUAGUGAGGACUCUACUUUCUUACUCACCGACUGGAUGGCGCACGUACCCAAAGAGGUCCUUGCAAAGAAUUUCCGAGUCAAUGCAUCUGCUUUUGAUCAUAUUCCUGACCAUCAGUUGUGGAUGCUUCCUUCGGCGGUUCCGACACAGAGCGUGGCAGAAGCAAAUCCCUCCAGCCCAGCUGGUAUUGCCCCUCUACCGUUCACAUUUGCAGCGAGCAAAGCACCGGCAACAAAUACCACCGGAGGGACUGUUAAGAUUGUCGACUCACGUACCUUCAACAUCUCUCAAACUAUCGCUCUUGGCGAAGUGACUGUCGUCCCUGGGGGUAUUCGCGAGCUUCACUGGCACCCAACUCAGCCUGAGUGGUCAUAUUUCCUGGAGGGGAGUGCGCGUGUAACCGUGUUUGCGUCCUCUGGUAAUGCUCGCACUUUUGACUACCAGGCUGGAGACGUCGGUUACGUUCCGCCUUCGUUCGGUCACUAUGUCGAGAACAUCGGAAACACAACACUGAAGUACCUCGAGAUCUUCAAUACUAACGUCUAUGAAGAUAUUAGUCUCAACCAAUGGCUUGCGUUAACUCCACCUGACAUGGUCAAGGCCCAUUUGCAACUAUCUGACGAGACCAUCUCACAAUUGCAGAAGGUCAAGCCGGUAAUCGUCGGACCUGGUGAAUGGUAG